UUAGUGUUAGAAAGAGCACCUUCCCAGACACACUUUUGGGAAAGGUGUCAGUCGGUGUUUCUGUUACUUUUGGUGUCGGUGUAAUUUUGCCUGUGUUGUGUGGGUCUCUUCUCUCCACGCAGGCGCUGCUUUGGUUUAUUAAAUGUUUUGCUGCCGUUAGCAUAUUGGGAACGAUCAUCAUCACGGUUAAUAAAUGCUGCCUUUGCUUAGCACCAGGAUGUAAAAGACGAAUAUUUGCAGUGAAACGAAUUUAGCCUCAACAGCUGUAUAAGUUCUUGGUCUCAACGACAUGUCCAACUUGAAAGUGGUAACGAUAGUUGUCACUACAUGCCUCCUGUCGUUGCUGAUAUACAUAUAUCCAGACAUCUCUGCCGUGGAAAAUAAUUUACGCCAACAAAUUUCUCCUGAGGAACGAACGCCAGAAAGUCCAACCAAUUGCCUCCCGCUGCCCAAUGCCACGACGGAGAAGUCGCCAGGGAAAAAUUGCACUAUGCCGUUUGCGGUGAUGUUUGACGGCGGGCGACUCGGGAACCAGAUGUGUCAGUACUUGUCCCUGCUGCUGCUGAGGAAAGAAUAUGGGAUCAAGAUCGCAAUUCGAACCAAGAUGAAGAAAAUCCUGACGUCUUACUUCGAGAACGUGUGGGUGCCGCUGAACGGCAGUAAAUGCUUCGCCCAGCACACCCAACCCAUAUCAUUUCAUGAAAUGUACAAGAAAUUAUUCACCUUCAGUGAGGGCAAUCCGCAGGCGUACCCUCUGUCAGAAUCGUACUUUAUUAGCAACUACCCCUGCCCUGUAGAUCUGCUUCUGCCUUGGAGGGAGAAGUUCAGGGAGGACUUGGUGUUCAAGCCUAAAAUCCUGGAGAAAGCCCGUAAGAAGAUCCACAGCUCUUUGGAAGCAGCAGGAUUCGCCGUGUGGGCAGACCUCACUGUGGUUACCGUGCAUGUAAGGAGGACGGAUUAUAUUAACCAUAUGAAGUCACGCUAUGGCUUGGCGCCGUUGACCAAAGUUUAUUUCCAUCGUGCAUUCGAUUAUUUCAGGGAGAGAUUCGAACAUCCUGUGUUUCUGAUAACGACUGAUGACAGAAAGUGGUGCGAGAAGCACCUAUUGGGUCCAGAUGUGUUGUACGCAGGUUCAAAAGAGCCUUCGGUGGACAUUGCUCUGCUCAGCCAAGGGAACCACACGAUCGUCAGUUUUGGGACUUUCGGAUUCGUUGGCGCACUCCUGGGAGGGGGCAUGAUCGUGCACCCGGAAAACAACCCAACUUACAACUGUGAAGUCUCUGGAGUCACGCGGUCGGUGCCUAUCAGUUAGGUAAUCAUUAUUCACGGUAUGGUGCAAUCAGGAGUGGUGCCGGAUUAUGCACGAGGCACAGAAAGUACAGUGCCAGAGGACUACAAGAUAUUAGGGUCAGGGAAACAUGGAACGAAAACUACUAUUUGCCUUUGAUAUUAUGGCACUGAUACCUAAUUACCUAAGUGUUUAUGUUUUCAAUUGCCGGAUACACGUUUUUUUUUUUUUUAAUAUUCCGUCACUUAUUCUUUGCCAAAAAAUACUGAAUCUUAUUCUCCCGAUACCACAGUGGCUUUCAGCUCGAGUUUUAAGUGAAUAUAUUGUCAAAAUGUGCCCCAUAUCUCGGGAAUGCCAGGGUCCUACGGAAGCUUAAUCCGGCCUAGAUCAGUAGUUAUAAGCUGUAUUAAAACUAAAUGUGAUAUGAGAGUGAAUGAGGAAUCUACGUUGUGUGUAUUUUCUUUUAUAUUUAUCAAACGGGAUACGUGUGUGAGAACCUGUCCUUCACUGCAUUGUAGUAAAAUGAAAAUAAGUGAUAUUUGUAAUAUCCACGAAUUGAGCAAAUGUAAAAACCAACUGUAUGUGAUGCGACGCAGUAAAUCUUAUGUUACUUCUCACAGGUUCAAAAUUUCCUUUGAUAAUGUUUUAGAUGUCAGAAUUUCAUAAAACCAGCUGGUCAUAUACAUUAUAUUAUUUUCCCAGGUUAUUCGUUUUAGAGCAAAUGUACCUGAUACAAAAAUAAAUAUUGACCCCA